UACUAUCAUUUAGUCAUCGUUUAGCCGAUAACAGAACCGGUCGUCGUUUUUGUGGCGCGGGCGGUCAUUCUAACGUAUUAUUUUUUGUCCGGUUGAUAUUACGUACCUGUAAUCCGUCCGGAAUGUCUCAAAUCAAACGACCAGCACCGGGCCCGAAUCAAAGAGAAAACUUGGAAGCAGACAAUCCAACGUUCGAUCUCAGCUGGGACUAUGGCUACGAUCCGGAGCUGCGGGUGGCUCCUAGGAAUAUCGUCACUCCCGUGGUGCACAUCGGGGAGAAUCCAAUCAUCACAGCACAACCUCAACAACGCGAUAAUGAAUUGAGUCUUCGGAUUCCAAAUACCCCGGAAAAUGCGGCCAUUCGAUUCAUCAAUAAUCCUUCGCUGACCCCGUUUAAUCCCAGAUGUGGGCUAGAUUUUCUCUACGGACUGGGAUCGAUUUACAUCGAACAGGAUUAUGAGUUGAACGAUUUUCUUACUGCAGUUUCUUCAGACAAUCGGUACAACGUUCGAGGACCAUCGAGUGAAGCUUUGUAUGCAGCUUCGGAAACUUCCGACCCAUCAGAUCGAUGUUGGGGAUCUCUGAGGCCCUUCCAGCUAUCCAUCAUCGACCGAAGUCAUCAGGAGGUGUUGCUACUCAAGAAAAACCUUGGCUGUGGCCUCUUGUGCUGCUUUUGUAAGAACCAAUUCCUUGAACUGUGGGCCACUCCGGGAGAUUUGAUCGGCUGCAUCCAGCAGGACUAUGGGCUGAUGUCGCGAGAAAUAAUCCUCAUGAACGGUGAUCUGGAUGUGAUGUUCCGGAUACCGAUUGCGCUAGUGGAGGCGAUUCGAAUGCCCAAAGAAACACACUUUCGGGUAAUGGAUCGGGAUCUGUUGACCCAAAAAGGCACCAUCACCAGAGCCUGGAAUUCCAGCAGUUCUCGGUAUACCACCAAUAUCUACUUUUCCGAGCCGGAACUGGAUGUUCGACUCAAGACACUGUUCUUGGGGGCUGCUUUUCUAUUGGAAUACAUCUAUUAUCAGUCAAAGUGCUGCUAACCUAUGUAUGUUUCCCCUAUGUUUUCUUCUGCGUAUUUUUUUGUUUGAUUAUAAUAAAACUUAUCGGAUGCCACUAAGUAUGAACUCAUUCUUUUUUUAUUUUCUUUUCAAACUGGAGCUGUCCCAGUUCCGGUUGUUUUAAAUCGCAAUGGAUAAUUCUU